UGAGGUGUGCGCAUGGAUGCGCGUCAUGAAGGUAUUUGGUGUGAUUAGCCGCAGCUGGGAUGUGAUGAGGACGCCGGCCAGUUUUAACUACAAAAGACUCAAACACAGAGAUCCACGAACUUUGGAGGUCCAGUACAGCUUUUAUAAUUUACCCCAACCAAACAAAAAGAAAACUUGAACUCACCGAAGAAGCUUGGGGUCGCCACUCACCCCCACGCCGUCCAGUGUCCCCCUGUAGAGCGGCGUGCAGCAGAACCAGACUCUGACCACCUCUUUCUCCAGAUGGAGACCUUUGGCGAUCCGUGCUAUUUCCUGGGAGGAUGGCUUGUUUUUUUCCACAAAGCUGCGCUCCAGAGCCUCCUUAGCUCCAAGGCUGCAAGGAGGAACAAAGGAUAGAGAAGAGAAGAUAAAGUGCACAAAAGUAGACAUCAUUUGCAAGGCUGUGUUUCCAGAGCCAUGCACACAGAGGAGAGGCAAUGGGACAUGAUAACCAGAGUUCUUUUGAGCGCAUCAAAACCAGGCUGAGACAGUGCCAUUUGAUGCCAUCUGUCAACAGAGUGCUUUGCGUCUCACUCUUGUUCUUCCUUCCUCUCUUCUUCCCAGGUGUUCAGUGAGCGACAAAUGUGAUGUGAUGGGAGAGCUAGCAGGCAGGAUGGAUCAGAGCAGACGAUCCUCUGCACACUGAACCAACUGGAUGCCACAGCGUAGAUUUUAGACAGAAUGGAUUUCCUCAAUUACACAGAGGGGGUGUUUGCCACAAACACCAGUGGUAAUGACUCACUGGAGACCACUAAACUCCCUUCCAGCAAAGUCCUGCUCACGGUGACCCUUUCUAUCGUGGCUAUCCUGACCACAUUCUUCAACUGCCUGGUGAUCACUGCCAUCGCUGUCACCCGCAAGUUGCACCACCCGGCCAACUACCUCAUCUGCUCAUUAGCAGUGACGGACCUGCUGGUGGCGGUGCUGGUCAUGCCCUUCAGUAUCAUGUAUAUCCAGAUAGAGACCUGGAUCAUGGGCCAGGUGAUGUGCACCAUUUGGUUAAGUGUGGAUAUCACCUGUUGCACAUGCUCCAUCCUGCAUCUUGCUGCAAUCGCCAUUGACCGCUACAGAGCUAUUACUGAUGCAGUGGAGUACUCCCGUAAGCGCACAGGGGCUAGAGCUGGAGCCAUGGUGGCGGUAGUUUGGCUCUUGUCCAUCCUCGUGUCACUUCCACCUUUGCUGUGGCGGCACUACAGUUCGGACGGUGACAUGGAAGACCAGUGCAUCAUCACCCAUCAUCACUUGGCCUUCACCUUAUACUCCACCUUUGGAGCAUUUUAUAUCCCCCUGCUGCUCAUCCUCAUCCUCUACUAUAAAAUCUACAAGGCAGCUCAGACCCUAUACAUGCGCAGGGAGGCCAGCCGGGCUAGCCGCCACUCAUGUAUGACCAAUGGAAGCAUGAUCCCGUCGUCUUUCCCUGCUGGAGAUGGCGACAUUGAUGGGGGGCCUCGGAGUCCAGAGCCAAUAAGUCCACCGGAAAAGUCUUAUUCUGAACCUUCAACUGAGGAAACUCCACGUGAAAAGGCACGAGCGUCGGUAAAGGCUUUCAAGCGCAAGACACGUCGGCCUGAGUCGCGCAGUGAGUCACGUCGUAGUCAACUUUACCAAGGACCACGGAUCUCAGGUUCAAGGGAGCGCAAAGCGGCAUCCACGUUAGGUUUGAUAAUCGGAGCCUUUGUCAUCUGUUGGCUGCCGUUUUUUGUCAAAGAGGUGAUCGUGAACACCUGCGGUUCUUGCAGCACUUCAAUGGAGAUGGCUGACUUUCUGACGUGGUUGGGCUACCUCAACUCGCUGAUUAACCCCCUCAUCUACACCAUAUUCAAUGAAGACUUCAAAAAAGCUUUUCAAAGACUUGUUAGGUGCAGUAAUUAUCUCUGAUGGAUUCAAUCAGGAAAUGAUCACGCCCAUUCACAACCCCAUGUAUCUGGAGGGGACAAGUUAAAGACAGUCAGAGAAUACUGACUGAUGUCUGACUUAAUGUGGGUUAUAGAGAACAAACUCAUAAACAAUCAACGCCCAUUUCUAGAUACUCCACCAGGCUUACAGCCUACAUGGCACCUCCUCUGCUCUGAGCUCUGAAGAGGUCCACAGUUAGCUCAGCAGAGGUCCACAGUUAAAUCCAAGUCCUGCCAUUAGUAGAACAGCCGGAAAUUUUCUUGAUGUGAUGUGUUUUUUGAAGGGACACUGACAUGUUGGUUUUUAGAAAAUGGGCCAUCACUGACCUUUCCAGCCCAAUUUAAAGGGUCUUGAAAUAGCUCAUACCAUUAUGUCUGUUCCAUCUAAUGACCUCCUUUCUAUCUAGUCCACACUGCUAGCUGAAAUACAUACUAUGUAUAAAAAAAAUCCACAGCCCACCAAGAUGUGACUGCCUGUGCCCCUGAUGUUAUGGAGGGACUUUUCUCUGAUCUCGGAUGGACUUUUGCAGUGUUUGUUUAAACAACAACAAAAAAAAGAAAUGGUGGAUUUGUGCGUGGAGCCAUGCUUAACAUUCCAAAAAGAAUAAAGUAUAAAUUUGUAGAUUGUUAAAGAUUCUUGUGGGGUAUGGUUACGACAUUGAUUUUAUUAUGGAUUUAUUGCCUGCCUUCCAUAAUUUCCAUAACAUUUGAUUGACAGCUAAAAACGCCUCCACUGUGAAGAUAAUAUUUCAAACUCUAGGACCAAAUCACACCACUUAUAAUACUUUCUGAAUCAUGACCAAAAAAUCUUUAUCUUGUUUGAGCUUUCACUGUAAAGGUUUACUUGUGGAGCAGGUUAAAAGUAUUAUGGGUAAAGGUUUUAUGCCACUGCCACUUACACAGAUGUUUUUUGCACAACCUCUCUUGUUCCUUUUAGUUUCUUACCUACCGUACUUAAUUAUUUAUCUAUUGUGGAGCCAUUAAACAGCACAUCCCAUCUAACUUCCAUGCCAUAGCCAGCAUUAGGUUAAUGAAUGUGAAAACCACUGGUGGAGAAAUCCUCAUUACAUUAAUCCCACUCAGUACCUCAAAUAGAUCGACUAUUCCUUUACUGCCUCCAAGAGGGCACACGAAAUGUUGAUGGAAAUGUUGUGGAUGAGUCAAGUGUGAGGGUGUACUGUAUCCCGGAGAGAUAAUACAUCGUGUGUAAUAUACUUACAUGCAUCACUGACAGUAUGACCAGUAUUUGUAUACUGUUGCUUUAUUUGUCUCUCACUGUCUUAAUAAUCAAUAAUAAACAGUCCAUAUAUGAGUCAUGAUGCAAUAUGUUUCUCUGAGCUGAUGGUAUGGUAAGUUACUGGCAUGGGUGAAGUGUGUCCUUCUCUUUUGAGUAUGGAGAGAAAGGUAGUAGAAUCAAAGAAUAUAACUCCGUGUUAAUGGAAUCCAUAAAUAAAUGUUGAUAUGAUUUAUUGAAA